AAAGAACACGUGACUACAGUCUGCAAGCCAAGCCACAUUCAAAGUCAAAGGGCGCAUCAACAUCUUCUGGCGAUGACGAGGUAUCAAGAUGAUGAUGAUGAUUGGGAGGAUGAUAAGGACCAACUAGAAUCCUCCGCCGGCGAAGACUACGAAGAGGAUGAGGAUCACGUUGGGGACGCUUCGCGCAGCAACACAUUGAUUGGGGAACUCGAGGAGCCGCGACCUGCAAAUUACUCUGGACAAACGCUAUAUAGGAUGAUGAUGGAGGACGACAUAGACCUGGAUCCCGAUUAUCAACGAGCUGUCGUAUGGUCUGAAGCCGCCCAGUCCAAAAUCAUUGAAUCCUGGAUAAAGCGUUUUCAUGUGCCUGAGAUUCUCUUUCGAGUCAUCGCGCAUCGGGACGGAGAGAGACGCGUUUGUAUUGAUGGGAAGCAAAGACUAACAUCUCUGAGGAAGUUUUUCGAUGGGGAGAUUCCAUACAUCGACGAAAAGACAGGGAAAAGGUAUUAUUACAAGAUGCGAGCAGUGCACCAGUCGCGGAAGGUCAAGCCAUUGGAACUAUCGAUUGCUCUGAAAAAGCGAAUGGAGAAUAAGCAGAUUCGCUGUGAAGAGUACCAUCAUAUCACGGAGGCGCAGGAAAGAAUGCUUUUCGAGCGAGUGCAAAGAGGAAUGACCCUAACACCGGCAGAGAAGCUGAGAGCCCACAACAGCCCUUGGUCGAAAUAUUUGAAUUCAGUUCUCCAAGAACAAGUCCACGACACCUCGCUCUCCGAAUUAAUCAGCUUCAAUCCUGCGCGUAAUGCCGAAUUUUUGGCUCUUGUCCGUCUCUGUUUCAUCAUGGUGCAUGGAUUGGAUCUUCCCCGACCGCCGACAGAUGCUGCGUUGUCGACAUGGCUCUCCAAAAAGGGUAGACCAACUGAUUUUUUCAAAGAACAACUGAGAAAAACGAUGGAUAUAUUCAAUUAUAUUGCGACUAGCAAGGACUUAUGUUCUAAGGCUUUUUGUUCCAGCAAAGAGCUCAAGCCACCCAAGGGCGCCGUUUCCAAGGCUUCACGACCCAGAUAUUCACCAGUUGAAUGGGUCUUAACGGCAUUGUUAAUUGCCAGACACACGAAGGAAACCCCCCAAAAGUUGGCUGAUGCCAUCCGGAAUUUCCGAGAGGAGCUGAAUAGGUUUCACUUUGGCGAGAAGAAGUUCAAUGGAAAGGUGUUCGAUCGCUUUCGCAGUUGGGAGUUUAGCGAGUUCGGUGAGGCAACUCCAUCCCCGCGCAAACGCAAACGGAAGGGCGAAGAAACGGAUGACGAUUCGGACGAUUUAUAUGAGGAGCGAGACGUUCUCCCUGCGAGUCAGGGCGUCGUCUCAGUAAAGGAGGUCAAGAAAACUGUCCGCAAGUUCUCAUCAUCCAGGCCACGGUCUUCUGGCUCUAUCUCGACCCCUACACCCGCCAAGAGGCACAAGGCGAAUGGAGAAGGGCUUAUUCAGCUCAUUCCUCCUAUACCAUCUUCAUCUUUUGUGGGACAUUCGAUGGACUGGGUGACAGUUACCACACCACCGAUGGGGUUAGAGGGAGUUGACUUUGGGCAACCCAAUGAUCUUCUCAUGAAAUGAAAAGAUUGCGCCGCGAAGCUUCUCGGUUUCUCGGCUUAUGCUUUGCUUCUACCUUCGACGUCUUGAUGUUUAUAAUCUAAUUUUACU